CCCUGCGUCAGGUAUCCCCAAGGUCUGCGCGCCGCGCCGAGGAAACACUUCCCUAGAGCCAGAACGCUUCAAACCUUCAGCUGCUUCCCAGCUUGCACUGUCCAGCGCCCCCGCCCUCGCCCACAAUACAUCGCGCGCGCACAUCCGGGCGUUUGCUGGUCACGUGGUGCCACACGGCGCGCGCUCCCGUUCUGCGCAGGCGUACAGCGCAGCCGCCAGCUAUUUUUCUCUGCGGCGGCCGCGAGCGGAAGUGCUGGGGAGCGCCAGUUCCGUCAGUGUGUUCGAGUGGACAAAAUGGCGAAGAUCGCCAAGACUCACGAAGAUAUUGAAGCACAGAUUCGAGAGAUUCAAGGCAAGAAGGCAGCUCUUGAUGAAGCGCAAGGAGUGGGCCUUGAUUCCACGGGUUACUAUGACCAGGAGAUUUAUGGUGGAAGUGACAGCAGAUUUGCUGGCUAUGUGACAUCAAUUGCUGCCACUGAACUUGAAGAUGAUGACGAUGACUACUCAUCUUCGACGAGCUUACUUGGCCAGAAGAAGCCAGGGUACCAUGCCCCCGUGGCGCUGCUCAAUGAUAUUCCACAGUCAACAGAACAGUAUGACCCAUUUGCUGAGCACCGGCCUCCGAAGAUCGCAGACCGGGAAGACGAAUACAAAAAGCACAGGCGGACCAUGAUCAUUUCCCCAGAGCGUCUUGAUCCCUUUGCAGAUGGAGGGAAGACCCCUGACCCUAAAAUGAAUGCCCGGACUUACAUGGAUGUAAUGCGAGAACAGCAUUUGACUAAGGAAGAGAGAGAAAUUAGGCAACAGCUAGCAGAGAAAGCUAAAGCUGGAGAGCUGAAAGUCGUCAAUGGCGCAGCAGCGUCUCAGCCUCCCUCAAAACGAAAGCGGCGCUGGGAUCAGACUGCUGACCAGACUCCUGGUGCCACUCCCAAAAAGCUGUCCAGUUGGGACCAGGCAGAGACCCCUGGGCAUACCCCAUCUUUAAGAUGGGAUGAGACUCCAGGUCGUGCAAAAGGAAGCGAAACUCCCGGAGCAACCCCCGGCUCAAAAAUUUGGGAUCCCACACCGAGUCACACACCUGCGGGAGCUGCUACUCCUGGCCGAGGCGACACACCUGGCCAUGCGACCCCGGGCCAUGGAGGCGCGACUUCCAGCGCUCGUAAAAACAGAUGGGAUGAGACCCCCAAAACCGAGAGAGAUACUCCCGGGCACGGAAGUGGAUGGGCUGAGACUCCUCGAACAGAUCGAGGUGGAGAUUCAAUUGGGGAGACACCGACUCCUGGAGCCAGUAAAAGAAAGUCCCGUUGGGAUGAGACCCCGGCCAGUCAGAUGGGUGGAAGCACUCCUGUUCUGACCCCUGGAAAGACACCCAUUGGCACCCCAGCCAUGAACAUGGCCACCCCAACUCCAGGUCACAUAAUGAGUAUGACUCCUGAACAGCUUCAGGCUUGGAGGUGGGAGAGAGAAAUUGAUGAGCGAAACCGCCCACUCUCCGAUGAAGAAUUGGAUGCCAUGUUCCCAGAAGGAUACAAGGUACUUCCACCUCCAGCUGGUUAUGUCCCCAUUCGAACCCCGGCCCGGAAGCUGACAGCAACUCCAACACCAUUAGGUGGAAUGACUGGUUUCCACAUGCAGACAGAAGAUAGAACCAUGAAAAGUGUCAAUGACCAGCCCUCUGGAAAUCUUCCAUUUUUAAAACCUGAUGAUAUUCAGUACUUUGACAAACUUUUGGUUGAUGUUGAUGAAUCAACACUUAGUCCAGAAGAGCAAAAAGAGAGGAAAAUAAUGAAGCUGCUUUUAAAAAUUAAGAACGGAACACCUCCGAUGAGAAAAGCUGCAUUGCGCCAGAUCACUGAUAAAGCGAGGGAGUUUGGAGCUGGCCCUCUGUUUAAUCAGAUUCUUCCCCUGCUGAUGUCUCCUACGCUUGAGGACCAGGAGCGCCAUUUGCUCGUGAAAGUCAUUGAUAGGAUAUUGUACAAACUGGAUGACUUAGUCCGGCCGUAUGUGCACAAGAUUCUUGUGGUCAUUGAACCACUGUUGAUUGAUGAAGAUUACUAUGCCAGAGUGGAAGGCCGAGAGAUCAUUUCUAAUUUAGCAAAGGCUGCUGGUCUGGCUACCAUGAUCUCUACCAUGAGACCUGACAUAGACAACAUGGACGAGUAUGUCCGUAACACGACAGCGCGAGCCUUCGCUGUUGUAGCCUCUGCCCUCGGCAUUCCUUCUUUAUUGCCAUUCUUAAAAGCUGUGUGCAAAAGCAAGAAGUCUUGGCAAGCCAGACACACGGGUAUUAAGAUUGUACAGCAGAUAGCUAUUCUCAUGGGCUGUGCCAUCUUGCCACAUCUCAGAAGCUUAGUUGAAAUCAUUGAGCAUGGUCUUGUGGAUGAGCAGCAGAAGGUUCGAACCAUCAGCGCGCUGGCCAUUGCUGCCUUGGCUGAAGCGGCGACUCCGUAUGGAAUCGAGUCUUUUGAUUCUGUACUGAAGCCUCUGUGGAAGGGGAUCCGCCAGCACAGAGGGAAGGGUUUGGCUGCUUUCUUAAAGGCUAUUGGGUAUCUUAUCCCUCUCAUGGAUGCAGAAUAUGCCAACUACUAUACCAGAGAAGUGAUGUUAAUCCUUAUUCGAGAAUUCCAGUCUCCUGAUGAAGAAAUGAAGAAAAUCGUGCUGAAGGUGGUAAAACAGUGUUGUGGAACAGAUGGUGUAGAAGCAAACUACAUUAAAACAGAGAUUCUUCCCCCUUUCUUUAAACACUUCUGGCAGCACAGAAUGGCUUUGGAUAGAAGAAAUUACCGACAGUUAGUUGAUACCACCGUGGAGUUAGCAAACAAAGUAGGUGCGGCAGAAAUCAUAUCCAGGAUUGUGGAUGAUCUGAAAGAUGAAGCCGAGCAGUACCGGAAAAUGGUGAUGGAAACAAUUGAGAAAAUUAUGGGCAACCUGGGAGCAGCUGAUAUUGAUCACAAACUUGAAGAACAGCUGAUUGAUGGUAUUCUUUAUGCUUUCCAAGAACAGACUACAGAGGACUCUGUGAUGUUGAAUGGCUUUGGCACAGUGGUCAAUGCACUUGGGAAACGAGUCAAACCGUACUUGCCUCAGAUCUGCGGUACAGUUCUGUGGCGUUUAAACAACAAAUCCGCCAAAGUCAGGCAGCAGGCAGCGGACUUGAUCUCUCGCACUGCUGUGGUCAUGAAGACUUGCCAGGAGGAAAAGUUGAUGGGGCACUUGGGUGUCGUGCUGUAUGAAUAUUUGGGUGAAGAGUAUCCUGAAGUAUUGGGCAGCAUUCUUGGAGCCCUGAAGGCCAUUGUAAAUGUAAUAGGUAUGCACAAGAUGACCCCACCCAUUAAGGACCUGCUGCCCCGACUUACUCCCAUCUUGAAGAACAGGCAUGAGAAAGUGCAAGAGAACUGUAUCGACCUUGUUGGGCGCAUUGCUGACAGGGGAGCUGAAUAUGUGUCUGCAAGAGAGUGGAUGAGGAUUUGCUUUGAGCUUUUAGAGCUCCUGAAAGCUCACAAGAAAGCUAUUCGCAGAGCCACAGUCAACACAUUUGGCUAUAUUGCAAAGGCCAUUGGCCCUCACGACGUAUUGGCCACACUUCUGAACAACCUCAAGGUUCAGGAAAGGCAGAACAGAGUGUGCACAACUGUCGCCAUAGCUAUCGUCGCCGAGACAUGCUCCCCCUUCACAGUGCUCCCUGCCCUAAUGAACGAGUACAGAGUCCCUGAGCUCAAUGUUCAGAAUGGGGUGUUGAAGUCACUGUCCUUCUUGUUCGAAUAUAUUGGUGAAAUGGGCAAAGACUACAUUUACGCUGUGACGCCGUUACUGGAAGAUGCUUUAAUGGAUAGGGACCUUGUGCACCGACAGACAGCCAGCGCAGUGGUGCAGCACAUGUCGCUGGGCGUGUAUGGCUUCGGCUGUGAGGAUUCUCUGAAUCACCUGUUGAACUACGUGUGGCCCAAUGUGUUCGAGACGUCACCCCAUGUGAUCCAGGCAGUCAUGGGUGCGCUGGAGGGGCUCCGGGUCGCCAUCGGGCCGUGCAGGAUGCUGCAGUACUGCCUGCAGGGCCUGUUCCACCCAGCUCGGAAGGUCCGGGAUGUGUACUGGAAGAUCUACAACUCCAUCUACAUCGGCUCCCAGGAUGCUCUCAUCGCGCACUACCCCCGCAUCUACAACGACGAUAAGAACACCUACAUCCGCUACGAACUCGACUACAUCUUGUAGUGUCCUGCUGGCUUCAUGUCCCGUGCACAGCUGUUUCACCCUUAAACUUGCUUCAGUUUGGUGAUGUAAAAUUUUAAACAUUGCCGAUCAGUAUAGAGCUGGUCCUAGAGGAAGAACUAGAAAUCCUGUAGCAUGAUUUUUAAAUAACCUGUCUUUGUUUUUGAUGUUAAACAAUAAACGCCAGUAGCGACCAAGAACACAGUGAUUAUGCGCACUAUACUGGAGGGAUUUCAUUUUUAAUUCAUCUUUAUGAAGAUUUAGAAUUCAUUCCUUGUAUUUAAAGGGAAUGUUUAAUUGAGAAAUAAACAUUUGUGUACAAAAUGCUAAUUUGUGUGUGUUUUUUGAACAUGAACUGUAAAAUGCGGAGCUUUGAUAAAAGUAUCAGUUUGUGUAGAAACUGGCUUACUUUGAGCUUUUGUGGCCUGGUUUGUAGAAAGUAGUCGGCAGUGUACGAGCUGUGUGCCGUGGUGGCGUUUUGUCAAAUUGCGUUGUUCCGUUGGUGAUGUGCGGCAGAGCUGAGCGCUGUGGCUGCACUCGUGUUGCACCCUCACCUCUGUCUCCAAAAUGCUUCUCCCGGCCUCAGGAGGAAGUGGCCGGAGUCCACCCUGCGGUCUGUUUGGAAAGCAGGUGGCCGUCUUAGCCGAACGUGCAGCCUUUGGCGCUGUACCUUAGGGAAGGGCCUUUGCCUCCCACCACUGGGCGGGACACGGUGACGCCCCUGCCCUGGCCUGGCCUGGCCUACUGAUGACGGGAGCCUCGGCCACGCUGAGCACUGAGGGCUGCAUCUCCCGCCUGCCCUGGUUAUGCAGCUGAUGCCCACGUGCCCUGAGUUCUGGGGAAACCAGGCACUGGGCUUCAGCGAGUUUGGCAAGUUUUUCCCAGUUUCAUCUUACGGCCCCAGGCGUCUUGGCUUCAGACCUUUGCCUGCCUGCCCGUGGUGGUGCUGUCUCCUCUGCAGCUGUGGGCACUGUUGGAGCUGUGUGGACAGAGAGAAGGGCUUUGUGCUCCCGGGCCAUGGCGGCUUGGGGAGCUCCCACGUAGAGAACUGGUGAGCGGGAACAGUCCCCAGGACCUAGCGUCUGCUUUCUCACAGUGCAUGGCACUGUGCAGUAGUCAGACACACGUUCCAAAUCCACCGUCCUGUGCUCAGAAGUUCUCGGGCACUUGUCUCCCUCCCGGCGCCAUAUUAAAUCCUGCUGCCUGGCGCGUCUCAGUGGCCUUCAGUCAUCAUUAAUCAGGAGAAUGAGUACGAUCAGAUGCCAGAGCCAAAGCCUACUUUUCGGCUGCCCUUGGGAAGUCCUAGUUGGGUUUCCAGUUCAGUUCAGUUGUCUACAUGGGUACCGGUGCUGGGCCCCGGCUAGUUCAGGAGGUGGCUCUUGUAGUGGGAGCAGGAAGCCGGCACACCUUGCGCCCCUGGGAUCUUAGUGGAGAGGAGAAAGACGAGGCUGUGACCUAAAGUUGUGGGACCAGCGGCUCCACCGGCUGGGGUCACUCGGGUGCCCCUUACUGUGCGGGGAAGCAUUUUGUGAUGUAGGCGUGUGAGAGAUGCUGUGUGAAGCUCUAACCCUCAAAGACCUUUUCUUUUGCACUUUGUUUUGAUGUUUCUUAAAAGCCAAACUUUAGCAGAGAGAAAUUAAAUGUUCGUAUGGGGGCUUUUCUGUGGGCUUUUGUUGGUGUUUCUGUGGGCCAUUGCCCUCUAAUGGAAUUAAUCUCUUUGGCUGUUCAGUUUUUUCGUAUUGUAUUUUUUAAACUUGUUGUAUGGUGCCUUGCGAGCACCAAGUCCCACCGAUGAAUAAAACUUACUGUCUGAAGUCCUGC